CUUUGCUUUUAAACAAAUCCUCAAAUUAAGCCGCUUUCUCCCAUAUGAUAAAAAUACCCUCCAUAUCGAUGCUCCCUCUGUCGUUCCAGUACCGGCCACGUGUUGCGAUGCCGUCGAUUUCGCUAUCCCUCCUCUUCCUUCUGACGCGGUUCGCCGCCACCGCCACCAGCUCCGAGUCAACGUCAGCAGCAUGCAAAGUACUGCGUGCUACCCCAAGCUCUGCCGCGCCCUCCUCUCCCCUCGAAAUUACCGUCCCGCCCUACGACUACGGCCGCUACUCGGUUAAGCAGGCGUUAAAGCAGCCAAGCGCAGCGGCCAAGAUCAUCGGCAGCUACCUCACCAAAGGCCGCGACACCGACGCGGGUCCAACGUUCGCAGUGGGCGCCCUUGACGACUGCCGCCAGCUGGCGGGCCUGAAUGCUGACUUCCUGAUCGCGGUUCAGUUAAAAGUUCUCGUCUUGGUUUUGCUUGAACGAGGAAAGGAUUUCCUGUUAUCUGUUGUUUCAGGAGUUGAAAUAAUUAAAGCAGACUUCCAAGGUCCAGCAAAAUUCGGACGCAACCUUCUAGAAGGAAACGCCAGCGUCGUUCCGUUGAGCCAGCCGGUGAUCGUCGUAGCACGCGAUGGAACGGGAAACUUCACGACGAUCAACGACGCAGUUGCCUUCGUGCCAAAUGGAACUUCGAGCGACGAUGGUUACAUAGCCAUUUUCAUCAGGCCCGGUGUCUACGAGGAGAAUGUCAUUGUGGCGAAGAGUAAGAGGAACUUGAUCAUGAUCGGUGCCGGUAUCGAUCAGACUGUGAUUACGGGAAAUCGGAGCGUGUUUGAUGGAUGGACGACAUAUAAUUCAGCCACUUUUGCAGUUCAUGGGGAGAGAUUCAUAGCCAUAAACAUUACCUUUGAGAACACAGCUGGACCAGAGAAACACCAGGCAGUGGCCCUCCGCAAUAGCGCAGACCUCUCCAGCUUUUACCGAUGCAAGUUUGUUGGUUACCAGGACACCCUCUAUGCCCAUUCCCUCCGGCAGUUCUAUCGUGAUUGUGAAAUCAAAGGCACCGUCGACUUCAUCUUCGGCAAUGCCGCCUCUGUCUUCCAGCAUUGCACCAUCAUCGCCCGCAAACCCCUCCCCAACCAGUUCAUCGCCAUCACUGCUCAGGGUCGAGCUCAUCCCAACCAGACUACAGGGAUCUCCAUCCACAACUGCACCAUAUUGGCUGAGUCUGAGCUGAACGAUUUAAAAUCAAGCACCAAGUCUUAUUUGGGGAGGCCGUGGAAGGAGUACUCGAGGACCGUCUAUAUGCAGUCAUAUAUCAACGGAUUCAUCGAUCCCAAGGGAUGGAUCGAGUGGAACGGGACAGAGUUUGCAUUAGGCACACUGUUUUACGGUGAGUUUGACAACUAUGGGCCAGGCUCAGAUACGAGUGGGAGAGUGCAGUGGACGGGGUAUACUAAGAUGAAUAAGACGCAAGCGGCUGAAUUUACUGUGGCUAAUUUUACUGCUGGGGAUGCCUGGUUGCCUGCAAUUCCCUACGAUCAGGGUCUGCUUUAGACUUCUAAGCCGUAGUUGAUUGUUACAAAUAGCUACCUAGAUUUCCACUGAUGAUACGAGAUUCAAGUGCUGUUGAUAACUGAAACAUGCUCCUGUUAUUUAGAAUUCAUCAUAUAGAACUUUUGAUAAUUAAGGUAGAAA